CUUAAAUCGUAUAAAUCAUGUUGCUAACCAAUUCCUACCGAUUGCUGUGCAUUGGGCUCUUGCUCAAUUUAGGUCUGUGCCUGUCCAGUGGCACUGAUCCAAAGGAAACGGAAGUUAGCAAGUUCUUUAGGCACUUGGAUCUUAUACCUGAUCUUUUAGAUCUGGGUCCGCAGGAGUUUCUCAAUGUGACCUAUCCGGGCCAGAUAAAAGCCGAUCGUGGUAUUCAGCUCCAGCCGAUGCAGGUGCGGGAUGAACCCAAAGUCAAAUGGGUAUCUAGCGAGGAGAACUACUAUACGCUGCUGAUGACCGAUCCGGAUGCACCGGAUCGCAAGAAUCCAAAGUUCAAGGAGUAUCUGCAUUGGCUCGUCCUCAACAUACCCGGUAAUCAGUUGAGCAUGGGCGAUGUCCGUGUUGCAUAUAUGGGUGCCACGCCACCCAAAGACAGUGGACUGCAUCGUUACGCCUUUUUGCUCUACAAGCAAACGGAUCAUCUGAAGUUCGAUUUUAAGCCCGUGCCCCGGCACAGCGAAGAGAACAGGAUGAACUUCAGCACCAAAUCGUUUGCAGAAAAAUAUAAACUUGGUCAUCCACUGGCUGGCAACUUUUUCACCAGCGAGUGGAGCAAAGAUGUGCCAGUGCUGAACAAGGCCAACAUUCAGGGAGGUCAGGGACAGACUCUAUCGCUUUAGGUAAUCAUCUAAACUCCACAGCAACAAAAAAAAAAAGUCAAAGAGUGAACAAGCUAAUUUGUUGGCCGGUUUUUGGAUUGCCAAAGAAAUGCAUAAAUAAAAUUAAAGCUAAACUUCGA